UGCCUCUGUGUGCGAGGGGCGAAAAGACACGACAAGUGUGGUCCUUUUAUACACAAAAUAAAAAGAAAGAUGACGGAUUACGAGGACGACAUUUCUAUUGAUGACGAGAUUUAUUCGGAAGGCGGAAACGACAGUUAUUACAGUUACGAUGCCGAGGCUGAAUGGGAAGAAACCAAGGAACAGUUCAACGCUUUAUUCUCGCUCGUCGUAUUUCCGUUUGUAGGAAGAUGGUUUGGUAAAAAGUUUUCGUUUUGGCUUUGGUCAAGAUAUUCAUCAUCACCUUUGGGCACAUCUAUCCUUUCGCUGCAAUGGUUAAAUGAUAUCAAGCGCAUCGCCAACUAGAGAAACGGGGAUCUGCUUCUAUCUCCAGAUUCUUUUGCACUCUUUCCUCUCUACCAUUCCUAACCCAACCCAUUUCCAUACAUACCACCUCGCGAUUUUUGUUCUUUUUUGUAUUCCGGCAAAGUUUUCGGAUAAAGCUCUUUGUUCUAUAUUAUCAUAUUAAACAUUCAAUUACUUACAAGUAC